AUGGCGAUCACAAACAUUUGCCUGUAUCAUGGGCGAAUUUCUGGGUUCUACGUUCAGGCGAAAAGAUACAGGCAAGCGAGCAACAUGAGUAUCAAAUUGGGGGUUUUCAGAAUCAACAAUUGUUUGACACGAUUAGAGAUAAUCAUCCAUUCCCAAAAUCCAAAAAAUGCAAGGAUGUCCAUGAGCAAUCCCGGAGCGCAACAUCUCAUCUUUUUAAUUGGCAUAGGCAUUACGAUGAUGGCCUUUGGCUUGAUGAUGGAACUUCACAGGUUGAAGACAUUAGGCGAUUACAACAUCACCCAUGGAUAG